AUGGCAUCGGUUUACCAGAUGAUCAUCUCAUUAAUUUCCACAUUAUUAAUAUUAUUAUUCUUAACAACAAAAUCCAUUUAUGCUGAUUCUCAAUCAUCAUCAUCUUCCAUUUAUGACAUUUUGGAAUCCCAUGGUCUACCAAUGGGCUUGUUCCCAAAGGGCAUUUCGGACAUUUCAUUCAACCCUGCCUCCGGUCGCUUGGAGCUCCAUUUGUUGUCUCCUUCCCCUUGCGAUGCGAAAUUUGAGACCAGCGUUCGUAAUGAGUACAGUAUUAUGGGCACUUUGGCUUAUGGCCAUAUUUUAAAUUUAUCUGGGGUCGCUGCCCAGGAGCUUUUUCUCUGGUUGCCCAUGAAAGGGAUACAUGUCGACAUUCCGAGCUCCGGGUUUAUUUAUUUUGAUGUUGGGAUUGUGUUUAAGCAAUUCUCAUUAUCGUACUUCGAGACUCCAAAAGAUUGUGAGGUUACGGCAAAGGGAGAUCAAAGAAAUGAUAUUGUUACGUUUAAUGAUCAUGUACAAAUUGCUGAGGUUACAGAUUCUGUUAUGGAGGACAGUGAAUACAAGUGUCAGAAGCUAGUAUUCUCCCCCUGGGAGCCAGCUAAAUAUGCUACUCUCCUGGGAUGA